AUGGGGCUACUGGCGCUGGUUCCAAACAAGUCGUGCAAUCUUCGAGCCGACAAGCUUCGUUCGCUAAUGGACGUCAACAGGGAACAAUUGUGGGACACGAAGAGCAACGGCAAAAGUUUCCGACACCGGGAAUGGCAGUCGGUCAGGAGUUCAGUCAGCACAACGCAAAAGGUGUUCCUCAGUACAGUGCACAAGGGCUUCCCACCAGGUGAUUUACUAAUCUGA